AUGGAGUUAAUCAAGAGAUUCGACGUAGAGGAUGGUGACCCAGACAAAGACAUCCUUGUGGUCCACGGAUUGUCGCAUAGCGGUGGCAGCCCUUGGUAUGCAACUGCGACCGAACCGGCCUGGCUGAGACAGGAUCUGUUCAAUGAUAGCAACUCCAACAUCAUUGCUUUCAACUACGACAACGUUUUUGAUAGUGAUAAGCCGAUGUGCACCCGAUUAGGGUUGGAGUCCGUUGCCCGCCAGCUUCUAGACGAUAUUGUGGCCUGGAAGGCAUCGGAGGGAGAUCGACCAUUUGCGAUUCUAUCUCACGACAUAGGUGGUGUCCUUGUUAAGAUGGCUUUAGUCAUCGCCUCUGGCGACUUGGGCAAGUACAGCCAAGUGUUGUACUCUGUGUAUACUUUGGUUUUUAUCGGUUGCCCACACAAAACAUCAAGCAUUGAGUCACUCGCCAAUGGCUUCGCGGCUUUGAUCUACAACGCUCGCAGCAUCCCCGACCUUGGCCUCCUUCAGGCUGCCAAACUAUGCGCUACAGUAACCACUGAUGUAAAUCAUCUAUUUUUGAACAGCAAUGUACCUUUAAGAGUCCAAAUCAUCAGCGUUUUCUCUGAGGCAUUGGAUCCGUUGGACCGACUUGGAGCCUACUUCGUUCUCCUCAAGAACGGUCACGCUAGAUUCGAGACCGGUCUUAUGAUCUCUCAGAAUUAA